AUGGCGGCAGAAGGCAAGAAUGACAUGAUCUCUUUUGAGAUUCCAAUCAAAAAAGAUGGACUUGGAGAAGAAGGCACGGAACGCAGUGUCAUCCAUGCAAAGGCUGGUGGGCUGUUUGAUCCUAAUCAUGUCAACCUUCAUCGCGGGCUCAAGGCACGGCACAUUACGAUGAUUGCUAUCGGGGGCGCCAUUGGCACAGGACUUAUUAUUGGAACCGGUGAAGCUCUCGCAAAGGCUGGACCCGCUGCCAUUUUGAUCGCCUACUCCUGGAUGGGGUUCAUCGUUUACCUUGUUAUGUGUGCGCUUGGAGAGAUGGCCGCUUGGCUUCCACUUCCUUCUGGCUUCACAGGCUAUGCGGUGCGAUUCUGUGACCCGGCGCUCGGAUUCGCAUUAGGUUGGACGUACUGUUGCAAGUACAUCAUCUCCACGCCGAAUCAACUCACUGCGUGUGCCCUUAUCAUCUCAUACUGGAUUCCUGCAACGAAAGUCAACCCGGGUGUUUGGAUCGCUGUUUUCUUGAUACUCAUCGUCUGUAUCAACUACUUUGGCGUCAAGUUCUUUGGGGAAUUUGAGUUCUGGUUAUCCUCCGUCAAGGUUAUCGUCAUCUUGGGAAUCAUCCUUCUUUCGUUCAUUCUCAUGCUAGGCGGAGGCCCAGACCAUGACCGCAAGGGUUUCCGCUACUGGAAGGAUCCAGGAGCGUUUAACACUUACAUCAAAAAGGGAGAUGCAGGAAGAUUUUUGGCUCUCUGGUCAACAAUGGUAUCAGCUACUUUUGCUUAUGGCGGAACGGAACUAGUUGGUAUAACCGUCGGUGAAGCACAGAACCCACGGCGCACGAUUCCCCGAGCGAUCAAGUUGACCUUUUGGCGGAUUAUGAUUUUCUACGUCCUUUCCGUCUUCCUCGUUGGGACUUUGGUACCGUUCAACUCUAAAAGGCUUGCUUUCGCCAUAGGUGCCACUAGCUCGGCUGCUGCUUCGCCGUUCGUCGUGGCUAUCGAGCUGUCCGGAAUUCCGGUGCUCUCGCAUAUCAUUAACGCAUGCAUUCUGAUCUUUGCCUUUUCUGCCGCAAACUCGGAUCUAUACAUUGUGACUCGCACAGUGUAUGGAUUGGCGCGUGAAUACAAGGCCCCAAAAAUAUUUGCUCGCACCGACCGCCGAGGAGUACCUGUAUUUGCCAUGGGAGUUCCUACCUGCUUCUCGCUCCUUGCCUUCAUGAAUGUGUCGAACGAUUCUAAGGUGAUUUUCAAAUACUUUGUCAAUCUCGUCACAAUCUUCGGUUUGCUCACCUGGAUUUCGAUCUUGGUGAGCCACAUUUAUUUUGUCCGCGCCCGAAAGGCACAAGAAAUCCCACUGGAGAGCUUGGCAUAUGUUGCCCCGCUGGGCGUUCGUGGCUCCUAUUUUGCUCUUGCUUUUUGCAUCUUCAUCGCCUUCACAAAGAACUAUGAUGUCUUCACGCACAAUAAGAAGUGGGGGAACUUCGACUACAAGAGCUUCAUCACGGCUUACCUUGGCAUCCCACUAUAUUUGAUUUUCAUCGGUGGGUACAAGCUUGUGACAAGGUGCAAGGGAGUUGAACCUGAAACAGCGGACUUGUGGACGGGCAAAGAUGAAAUUGACUGUGAAGAGGCUGCCUAUAUUGCGAAGAAAGAGGCCGAGAGUCAGAAGCAUGCUCAGUCGCACUGGAUCUACCAGAAGUUCGUGUCAUGGCUGUUUUAA